AUGGAAGAACUCGCCAAAUUCGUUUCCGGACAAUUCGCUUCGCCAAAAAUCGCAGCUGAGAGACGCUUCAAGGAUAUUCUCAAGACCGAAGAGCAGGAAAAUGGUCUUUCUGAGAUGCAAGACCCAGCGCCAAAGACGAGGCUUUUCCGACCGCAUGAGCAUGUUCCAGCUCUUGAUCUUUCUCCAAGAACAACGAACAUCAACCAUCAAGAUCCGCAAAUCUCGCCUGAAAAUCUUAGCAAAGACAAGCAAAAACAACGAAGAUCAAGAACCAAUUUUACGAUGGAACAGAUCCACGCGCUAGAAACACUCUUCGAGCAAACUCACUACCCAGAUGCAUUCAUGCGCGAAGAGCUCAGUCAAAAUCUCGGUCUUUCCGAAGCCCGAGUGCAAGUCUGGUUUCAAAAUCGAAGAGCAAAAUCGCGAAAGCAAGAAUCCAACGAGGCGACUCACGCUUCCAUUCCGGGCACUCUUCGACAACAUGCAAAGAUGGCUGGAUUCGCAAUGCGAUCAGGCGGGAUUGUAUCAUCCUGUCGACCUCAACUACCGGUCGCGAUUCAACCGCCGAUCCAAAUGUGCGAUGACUUGGUUUCCCGCUCUCUUCUUUCUGCUUAUCAUCAAGCUAAUGACAGCGCUCAAUUUGCGCGACUCUCCGCUCUGCUCCAGCUGCAGCGCCUCCGUCAACCAGCGCUGAUCUCCCCACUUCUUCGCUUCCCUCCACUUUUCCACAUCCCUCCUGUUCAAUUUCCACAUGCUUCUGUCGAGCCUCAAGCUAGCGUUUCUGUCGUCUCGGAGGCCGAAACUGAUUCAAGCCCUACAAGAGCGAAUCAAGAGCAACGAGAUGAAGAGAUUGGUGGGGAAAAUGAAGAGAUCAAAAACGAAGAUCUGGAUGUCGUUUAA